AUGGAGUUGAGUCUGCUGCUAUUACUGCUCGUCCCAGCAGGUUGCCUAGGUCUGCCUCAGCCUCAAACAUAUAGGAGACCUCGUCUAGAUGGACGUAUUGUGGGCGGAGUGGCAACCACAAUCGAGAGUAUUCCAUAUCAGGUGUCUUUGCAGCGUAGCUAUCAUUUCUGUGGUGGAUCUUUAAUUGGUCCUGGUUUAGUUUUAACUGCCGCCCAUUGCACUGAAGGAUCAAUUAUACUUCAAUCCAAGGUUCGCAUAGGCUCAACACGCACAGAUGAUGGUGGUUUGUUGGUGGGAAUUAAGCGAUUGCAUCGUCAUCCCCUAUUCAAUGUCUAUACAAUUGAUUAUGAUUUCGCAAUUCUGGAACUGGAGGACUACGACCAGACGAAUGUAACUCAAGGAUUUGUGAAAUUACCCAAACCAAAUGCGGACUUGAAAGAUGGUUCGGCUGUUCUGGUCUCCGGCUGGGGUAACACACAAAGUCAACAGGAACCCACUAAUGUAUUGAGAUCUGUGAUUGUGCCCAAAGUGAAUCAGACGAUGUGCACCCAGGCGUACAGUACCUUUGGCAACAUUACCGAACGUAUGAUGUGUGCUGGUCUACCAGAGGGUGGCAAAGAUGCCUGCCAGGGGGAUUCUGGUGGACCGUUAGUUUCCAACAACACGCUUUGGGGUGUUGUGUCCUGGGGCUACGGUUGUGCUCGUCCGGAUUAUCCAGGAGUUUAUUCUAGAGUUGCAGCUGUUCGAGAUUGGAUACAAGAAGUGAGUGGAAUUUAA